UGUGUCACCCCAGACUGCUGACAUACUACUUCCGGUUGCAAGCGGAAGUGAAGUCUGUGUACAUGGAGGUGACCCAACGGCAUAUUUAGCGGAUAAUUCUGUUAAAUUUGGGCGUCUGGAACAGAGUUGGGUUUUAAUAGAGGGCUCUUAACUUCAUUGGCGCGAUGGGAGCUCAUCUUGUGAGGCGGUAUGUCACCGAAACCGACACCGAACCGGACCCUGCUAGGAAAUUUGAAUUCGACCCCGUUUUGGGGUUUCCUGAAAGAAAGGAAAGAGAGAUGGUUGCGACCCAGGAGCACAUGAACUUGGCCCACCUGCCCCUGGAGCAGAGGGACUAUUGCGCUCACCACCUCCUGAAACUCAUGAAAUGUAAGCGGGACAACUGGCCGAACUUCCUGGCUUGUAAGCACGAGAGGCACGACUGGGACUACUGCGAACACCAGGACUACGUGAUGCGAAUGAAGGAGUACGAGAGGGAGAGGAGGCUCCAGCUGAGGAAGAAGAGAAUCGAAGCCAACGCAGAAGCUGCAUAAUCUACGCCAACUUUGCUUCCUUGUGUAUAUAGAUAUACUGGCAGUUUCUCCCAUUAAAACAAUAUUCUCAAACGUC